UUUUGGUUAAUCAUUAGGACUUGAGAAGAAAAUAUACAACUCCACACGAGACAACCCAAGUGUGCCUUUCCCCUUUUCUUUUCUGUUUUUUUUUUCUUUGUUUGUUUUUGAGCAUAUAUUCCUUUUUAUAUAAAUACAAGAAUAUAAAAGUAGUACGAAUUUUCUUUUUGUAGACUUCGUUUUCUCACCAACCAAACAGAGGAAGGAAACAACUGGGGGAGCAGAAGUCAGUAAAAAGACAGAAGACAGCUCCCAAUUGUAUUCUUCGAAUACCGAACUAAAACUUUGUUUCUUUGACCAAAACACUUGAUUAAAGCCUCAUAAGUCAUUGUUCAUAUACAUAUAAUAAUAAUAAUUCUCUGCUGACGGCUCUAGCAUUAUCUUCAUGAGAAUCAUCCUGAUAAAAAAAAUUGUAUAAUUAAUUUCUUAUUUUUCUAAUUUUGAUUCUUCUUGGUCCAAAUUUAUGUAGAGGACGAAGAACUUGAAGAUACACACAUAUAGUCCUAUUAAGGGACUCAUUGUGUUUGUGUUUGAGCUCUGUUUGAUCAUUGAGAAAAAUGAGCUUCAAAUUCAUUUUCUCGGGAAUUCUCUUGUUUGGAACUCUUUUCUUGCUAGCAGCCUCGGAACCCAUUGAAGAUAAGCAGGCCUUGCUUGAUUUCCUCGGAAACAUUUCUCAUUCGCGGCCUCUCAAUUGGAAUGAGAGCACUUCUUGCUGCUAUAGAUGGACUGGAGUGAACUGUAACCAUAACAAAUCAAGAAUCAUAUCUGUCCGGUUACCGGGAGUUGGCUUCUAUGGCCGCGUUCCAUCAAACACUCUCAGCCGCCUAUCGGCUCUUCAUGUCCUCAGUCUCGGCUCCAAUGACUUGUCUGGUCCUUUCCCUGCUGAUCUCUCCAAGCUAGGAAAAUUAGCUGCCAUUUAUCUCGAGUCCAAUCACUUUUCCGGUCCAUUGCCUUCGGAUUUCUCUGUUUGGCAGAAUGUCUCUGUCAUCGAUUUAUCCAAUAAUUCCUUCAAUGGAAGCAUCCCUUCUUCCAUUUCAAAUUUGACUCACCUCACUUCUCUGAAUCUUGCUGAGAACUCGUUUUCUGGCGUUAUUCCUGAACUCGACGUCCCUAGUCUGCAGAAUCUAAAUCUAUCCAACAACCGUCUUAAUGGCAGUGUGCCUCAGUCUCUAGACAGAUUUCCAAGUUGGGCUUUUGUUGGUAACAAUGUUGAGAAGUUGCCCUCUUCAGUUCUUCCUUCAAAUAGUCAGCCAUCAAAGAAACCGAAGAGACUUUGUGAAUCUGCAAUGGUGGGGAUCAUAAUUGGCUGUUCUGCUUUGGGGGUUUUGGUGUUCGUUGUUGUGCUGAUUGUGUGCUGCUGCUGCUCGAAGAAAGGAGGCAAAAAGGGGUUCUCUGCAUUGUCCCAUAAGUCGGAAGGAUCUGAAAUGAAGGUGGCUUCCGGGAGCCAAGGUGGGAACGCGAGGCUUGAGUUUUUUAACGGUGGUCAUCUUGCAUUUGACCUCGAGGACUUGCUGAGGGCUUCUGCUGAGGUGCUCGGGAAGGGAACGUUUGGGACUACGUAUAAGGCUUCAUUGGAGGAUGCUACCACGGUGGUGGUGAAGAGGUUGAAGGAAGUGAGUUUGGCAAGAAGGGAGUUCGAGCAGCAGAUGGAGGUGGUCGGAAGCAUUAGGCAUGAGAAUGUGGCUGCAUUGACGGCUUAUUACUAUUCGAAGGAUGAAAAGCUCGUCGUGUAUGACUACUAUGAUCAGGGGAGUGUGUCUGCAAUGCUACACUCGAAAAGAGGUGGGUGUAGGACUCCAUUGGACUGGGAAACCCGACUUGGCAUUGCGAUUGGUGCAGCAAGAGGCAUUGCUCAUAUCCACACACACAAUGGGUGGAAGCUUGUCCAUGGAAACAUAAAAGCCUCGAACAUCUUCCUCAACCCCCAACAAUUUGGCUGCGUGUCUGAUCUUGGUUUAGCAUCACUGAUGAGCCCAAUGGCUCCACCGGUGAUGGAGUCCACAGGGUACCGGGCACCAGAAGUAACAGACACCCACAAAGUAACGCAGGCAUCUGAUGUCUUCAGUUUCGGAGUCUUGCUGCUUGAGCUUCUCACUGGAAAGUCCUCAAUACAUCCCAUAGGUGAUGGUGAGUUUCUCCCCUUGGUCAAAUGGGUUAAUUCUGUUCUCCAGGAGGAAUGGACAGCUGAAGUGUUCGACGUGGAGCUUUUGAGGUGCGCUGGUAUAGAGGAUGAGAUGCUUGAGUUGUUGCAGAUAGGGUUGUCCUGCACGUCAAGAAUGCCCGAGAAGAGACCUAAGAUGGUAGAUGUUGUAAAGAUGGUGGAGGAUAUUCGACGGCCAUCCCCCGAGUAUAAAUCAGGAGUUACCACGCCAACCUUGACUACUCCGGUACCGGAAAUAGGUUCCCCAUCUGUUUCAUAACUUCUUGUGUUAUUAGAAAGUAGAUGUUCAGAUUUAAUUAUUUGGCAAUUUGUUGUCUAAAGGGCUAGGCACAUUGUUUGAAUUAGUUCAAAACUUUUAUCUUGUUAUUCUUUGAUAUGAUGCCUAAUUUAUGUCACGCACCUGAUUUAGCUUCA